AUGUCAAUAGAAAAUAAUGUUGAAAAAAGUGUGUGUGAUCUUUCAAAUAAUGAUAACAUUAACCUUUCAGAAAUAUUUAAUUUUCAAUUCGAAAGCAAGGAACAGAUUGAUAAUUUAAAAGAAUCGAAAGAACUUGACUGUAAUGCGUCGAAUCAAAGCGAUGUCCAAACUGAUGAAGUAUCCACCAGACAAACUUGUAUACUAAAAAACGAUUACGAUGGAUGGUUUCAUUCAUCAAUACAAACAAAUAAAUUACUUACCCAAAAGCUUGGACCAAAUCGAUUAAAGCAAUCAAUUGAAUAUUAUUAUUUUCAUAAAAAUUAUAAAGAAGCAUUAAGAUUAUCUCUCGAGUACAUUGACUUUGUUGAAAGCUGUAACAAUAAAGAAAAUAAUGAAUUGAAUCCAAAUAGAUUAACUAGUACGCGUGAAAUGUUGGAAAUCGCGGCUCGUAGUGCUUCAAAAUUGGGAGAUAUCGAACUUGCAGUAAAAUGUGUUGACAAAUUGUCAUCUAAUGAACCUGGACACAUGAGUUUUAAAGGAAUGAUUUAUGCUAAAGGAAGGCGUUUUUCAGAUUCCAUAAAAUGCUAUAUAAAAUAUGAUCAAAUGCGUAAGAAUGAUUAUAAUACGUGGAAGGAAAUAGGAAACACACUACUUUCUUGUCAUUUUCAAAAAACUUUAUCAUUACAAUCGUCAAAUUUUCAGAGUUAUUCACCUACAAUCACAAAUACGUUUAUUACACAAAUGGCACUUUUAGCACUUCACCGAUCUCUUAAAAUAAUGACAACCUCAAAGUGGAAAACUUCUAUUCCUUUUGUAAAUUCACGUUAUAUCCGAGAAAAAAAUCAUAUCGAAGAAUCGAUAAAAUUAUUGGAACAUAUAGAUGCACAAGAAGCCUUCUCAUGGCUAGAAAGACACGGAGAAGGUGAAACCUUUGGGUUGGAUGUGGAUAUCAUCAGAUGGAUAUUAAUGGAAUGUAAGACCAAUGUUAGUGAAGUUGUAGAGGUGGAUAAAGAACGAUCAGUGAAUCAGUUGUAA